AGAGCUCUCUUGUUUAUUCAUCACGCCAGCUCUUCUCCCCUCCUUUCCUUUCCUCUCCCCUCCCUCCCUCUUGCUUUCACACAACGGCCGCCGUCCGUCGUUCCAAUCGCUUCUUCUUCCUUCCGCUCAAAAACCACCACCAGUCUCGCCACCAUAAACCCGUUUUGGAACCAGGGAUGAGGUCCUUAAAGCACCUGAAGCCUCACAGCAGGAGGAGUGUGGAGGAGGCGAGCCGGCGCCUGGGUAGAUGUGAGCCCAAGGUAAUGGCCAGGCUGGUGGACACAGGCACACAAACAGAUCCAGUCGUUGUGCUGUCCUUGGCCCAGGCUGCCGUGCUAGGUCUCAUCUCGCAGAAUGAAGUCUUCGGCGCAACCAUCGCACCCAACGGCUUCUACACUGGUGAGCCCAAAGAGUCGCCCGCGCAACCAGUAGACGGAGUGGACUACGAGUACGCAGACCAGCUUAUCGGUGCAAACGGAGAUUACCUUGGGGAUAAUUUAGCGGAGGACGGACAGAUGCAACCCAGCUGCAGUCAAAGAAGGUGGCAGCAGGGGCCACCUCAGCACCCUGAUGUUAAAAUGGUCAUCCCUGAUCGCCAUGCCCUCCAAGGCGGUGACGGCACUGUGUCUCACAUCAAAGGGGAAGUGGUGAACUCGGUCAUGACCUCAUGUGUUCACAUGCUUAACAAUAUGGCUCCCAGGGGGGGGUUGGUUCAAGUGGACCCGGCCACCCUGAGAGGAACCAACAAGAACUGUUCAGAGUGUGAGCGAGAGGCCUCCAACCAGCAGCAAGCCAGCACCCACGUCCACCCUCCUCCCACCCAGGUGGCCCACCGAGGAGGGGAGCACAGAGGACUGCAGGGCCAGCGUCCCCUGGGGGGCCACAGUCGAGGUGUCAGCGAGGGUGAGGAGGAGGUAGAUCACCAGGGCAACAACGUGAUGAAGCCUAACCAGCAAGAUGAAGCCAUCAGCAGCUACUUCCAGACCAGCGAAGUGGGUAGCUACGACUCGGGGGAAAUGUCCAUGGGGCCCGAGUACGAAGACGGCAGCCAGAACAUGAUGUGGACGGACGGUAACGGCGGCGGAGGUGGGCAGCACCAGCAGCCUCAGCCUCCGCAGCCCCCCCGGCGACACGGCGGCCGCAGGGUGGACCGCCUGGACAUCAACAUCCAGAUCGACGAGUCAUACUGCGUGGACGUGGGCGACGGAUUGAAGCGCUGGAAGUGUCGCAUGUGCGACAAGUCGUACACGUCAAAAUACAAUCUCGUCACGCAUAUUCUGGGCCACAACGGCAUCAAGCCGCACGCCUGCCCCCACUGCGGCAAACUCUUCAAGCAGCCUAGCCACCUCCAGACCCACCUACUGACCCACCAGGGCACGCGGCCGCACAAGUGCACCGUGUGCAAGAAGGGCUUCACGCAGACCAGCCACCUGAAGCGCCAUAUGCUGCAGCACACCGACGUCAAGCCGUACAGCUGCCGCUUCUGCCGCCGCGGUUUUGCCUACCCCAGUGAGCUGCGCGCGCACGAGGUCAAGCACGAGCGCGGCCGCUGCCAUGUGUGCUCGCAAUGCGGCCUGGAGUUCCCCACUUACGCCCACCUUAAGCGCCACCAGACUAGCCACCAGGGGCCUCACACCUUCCAGUGCACCGAGUGCAACAAGUCAUUUGCCUACCGCAGUCAGCUCCAGAAUCACCUGCUGAAGCACCAGAGUCCCAGACCUUACACCUGCUCCCAGUGUGGCUUGGAGUUUGUGCAGCUGCACCACCUACGCCAGCACUCGCUAACCCAUAAGGGCAUGAAAGGGCACAAGUGCGAGGUGUGCUCCCGUGAGUUCACGCUGUCGGCCAACCUCAAGAGACACAUGCUGAUCCACAACAGUGUGCGGCCCUUCCAGUGUCACGUGUGCUUCAAGAGCUUCAUCCAGAAGCAGACGCUCAAAACCCACAUGAUUGUCCACCUGCCCGUCAAGCCCUUUAAAUGCAAGGUGUGUGGCAAGUCAUUCAACAGAAUGUACAACCUGCUGGGCCACAUGCAUCUACACGCUGGCAGUAAACCCUUCAAGUGUCCCUACUGCACCAGCAAGUUCAAUCUAAAGGGGAACCUAAGCAGGCACAUGAAGGUCAAGCACGGCAUGGAUGUGUCACCUGAAGGACAAGUACUUCCUGAAAUGGAGAGCCAGGCAGAUUAUGAAGGCCAGAACUUCAGCUUCACGUCGGCGGACAACAUGGACAAUAGCGGCUCGCAAAACCUCACCAAGUUGACCACAGCCAACAUGGACGACAUGGAGGAGUACUACAACUUUGGCAAGGACACCAACACCUACACCACACCCUGAGUGGACACAACGGUGUGGGGUGGGUGGGUGUUGGGGCCAGCUUUGACUUUGACUUUGAGCUGCUCAUUUUUGGGACGCCAGUGACUCAUGCCUUGUAUGUUGUUUGUGGAUUUGUUACAAAAAAAAAAAAAAAACAAGAAAAAAAGUUCCACAUCCAUCAGUAACAUUUGAUGUGAUUCAUGUCAUGCACAAGCAACCCUUAUUGUUUGGACUGAAACGGCUAUGUACUCACUCUAUAUAGUAUAUAUAAAUACCGUGUUUAAUACAUAGUCCCCACUUAUUCAGAGGUUUGAACGCACUUACUUAACAUUACAGUUCUUAUGUGCACUUCUUUCAAUGCAUUUCCACCGCAACUUCCAGGAAGUAUUUCUUGACACUUGGAACUGAACGGAUCCAAUCGGAAAUAUUCGCCACACCCCAAAGGUUCCUAGACCUCUUGAAAUUACUAGUCAUCAUCUUUUGUCAGGCCCUGGUACCAAAUGAAGGCAAUAGUGGUCCUCACUAUUUGAUUAAUUCCUGCAGUCAAAAUCUGUAAACAGGCCUUUCUUUCAUUAUAGCGCUCCCUUUUUGUUCUCCUCUUCUUCCCUUUGGUCCACCCGUUAGAUCUUAGCCCCCCCGCCCCUUACUUUUGAGAGGCCCAGGAAUCUUCGUGGUGUGGGGACUGAAGUACAAAUACUUUCAGCACCCUCCCCACCACACCAUUCAGCCUUUCACUCCAAAAAGGUUUAUAUGCGGUUUAGAUUAACAUGAACAAUAUAACCUUUUUUAUUUUCGUUUUUUUUUUUUUUUUUUUUAACAUUUUGAAUAAUUGCGCAAACAUGAUGCGAAGAUUUUGGUGAAAAUUUUUUUUCCCCUGUUUUAAAGAAGGUGAUCUUCAGUGGGCUGGAGGAAAGGAGAUUGUCAUAAGCACCGGCAAUAUGAUUUAUUUUAUUGUAAACUUUGCAGUUUGGAGCCAUUUUGGGAAGUCGGUUUUCAGCUGACCGGUUUUCACUUUACUUUCUGUUCAAUUCAAAUUCAAAAGACACAUAUUUGAUUGAAAAGCUCCUAAAGUGUAGAUUGUGUACAUAUUAAAAAAAAGUGACUUAAAAGUGGACUGUGGAAGGUCCUGCUUAUAUUGACGAUUCGGUUGUGGAGAGGUGGGCUCCCCCUGUCCUGCCAUGCAGGUCAGUCAGUCUUGAUAUGCACACUCAACCACAGCAACGGUCGACUACUUAAGUGUUUCCCAACCUUGAUUGACCCAAGACACCUAUUUUACGUUCGAGGAUCUCAGUUUAUUUAAAUAUGUACUCCAUGUGAAAUCUGGGCCUGUUCAACAAAACGAUGAUAGUGUUAACUCGCAGGAAGCCAUGACUUAUUCUGUUGUACAAUAUGCCUAAAAGUGAUGAUAUGGUCAAAAUACUGCACACGGUGUAGGGCCACCAUGGUUGGGACUCACUGGAUUAGUUGAUGAGGAACUAAAACGUCAUGGAACGUGACCAUGGAUUAUUUAAUAAUAAUAAUAAUAAAAAAAAAUCUCUAGUUUAAA